AUGGUAAAACAAGCCGGCCUCGGCCUAGCCUCCAUCAUCUUCCUCUCGGGGUCGAUUGUUCUUUUGAUGUUCGUCAUUCUUUCUGGCGUCAAAGACACCGCACCCUUGAACAAAACCUACUUCCUCGAAGCCAACACCGCAGGCAUUACCGGCGCCCGCGAUGUGACGAGAUGGACCUACUUCUACUACUGCAACAACCAGAACACCGACUGUUGGGGUCCCUGGCCCGCCCCGGCCUUCGGCUGGGCCUGGAGCCAAAACGCGGAUAACGUUCCCGACAUCCUCGAGGGCGGCCACGGCGGCGGCACCACAUCCACCGAAUUUUACUACCUAUGGCGCUUCGGCUGGGUCACCUACCUCAUCGCCCUGUUCUUCACCGUCAUCGCCUGGUUCGGCAGCUUCCUCGCUUGCUGCGGUAGACUCGGAUCCGCGCUGGCGUUCAUGGUAUCCGCCGCCGCCUUGUUCUUCCUCAGCAUCGCCGUCUCUCUCAUGACUGCCACCUUCGUUAAGGCCCGUAACGCAUUCCGAGCUGCAGGCCACGACGCUGAAAUCGGUACCUACGCAUUCGCCUUCAGCUGGGGUGCCUGGGCGGCUCUGUUUAUUGCGACUUUUUUCUUCUUUAUCGGCAUCCGCGGCGAUAAGGGCCACAAGGGACCUAGCAGGUUCAGCCGCAAGCGCAGCGUGCGCAGCCGCAGAUCCUUCGACGUCAACUCCGGCCACCGUGUCAAGGAGGACUACAGCUAA